GAACCGCCUACAAAACACACACGCUCAUGUUGCCUCUGUGUCAUUAUUUGAGUGUUUACAGAGGUCUUCAUCUACACUUUUAUGACGUUCAGAAUUUUUCCAUGAAACACAAUGCUUUGCUACCGUACCUUUUAAAAGUCAACAUGAAACCACAUUUGCAACCCACUGAACCUUCUAAAUUCUGCGGUAUUUUAGUGUGAAACAGGAUGUUUAGCAAGUAAAAUGUUGGGCGGGACCUGAAUGAGAUUGCGGUCAACCGUGGCGGAUCUUCAAAAAACACAGCUGCCACCCUUGACAACAUCCACCGAAAAAUGGAAGUUGGUUUAGUGAUUACAUGUCGGUGAAAAAAACAAAACAAUAAUGUGCUUUGAUAAAUCUACACAGUAAACAGCAGGACUAUGUAAACCAGAACAACUUUGAAAGUUUGGCGGCUGAAAAUAGUCAUAAUCUCCAUGUGGCGCAUGAAUGAAGAAUGAAGAGUUCUCACACGGAGAGACAUUUAACUGAAUGUGUCAGAACUGAUGAUGACAGACAGACCACACAGACCGCCGUGUCCUUCAGAAGAGACGUGUUUAACUCAUUCACUGCUAUCAACACACUUCAGCAGGAGGAGGGUCUUUAAGGGGAAAUCUGGAGAAAUGUGGAUCACAGACGUGUGAUAUUUUCAGUCGGCGGGAACAGAGGCAAACGGCGAUGACAGUCACACGAGUGAUCUUGUGCUUUCUGAUGAUUCGAGGUGCCAUUAAAGCAGUUGAAGCGGACCCAGUGGGUGUAUGUGCCUCUUGCCAUCGUAACGCCACCUGUGACGAUAAAACCGAUGGAUCAGGAGGAAAAGUGUGCAACUGCAUGUAUGGAUUUGUUGGCAACGGGAGAACUUACUGUCAAGAUAAAGACGAGUGCCAGCUGGGCAGAAUCUGUGGAGAUCACACUGUAUGUCAUAACACAUACGGCAGCUAUUACUGUACCUGUCUCACCGGCUACAGCCCGUCCAAUCACAUGACCACAUUCAUACCCAAUGAUGGAACAUACUGCCAUGAUAUAGACGAGUGCAGUGUGGAGGGAAUCUGUGGUGAAGGAUCGCUCUGUCACAACACUGAUGGAGAUUUCACCUGCUCCUGUCACACCGGUUACACCGUCCAGAACGGAACUCAACCGUUUAAUCCACUGCGGGAUAAAGCGUACUGCGAAGUGACAGACUGUGGAUCUCCUCCAUCAGUCCCUCACGCUGAGCAGAUCUCUCCAACUACCACCCAUUACACCAGUGAACUCCAGUACAGGUGUGUGGAGGGAUUCCAGUGGAAGAGAGGGAGGAAUUCUUCGCUCUGUGGUCUGGACGGACGUUGGGACGGACCCAGUCUGGUGUGUGAAGAAGUGGACUGUGGGGAGCCUCGGUUCCUUCCUCAUUCACAAAUGAUUUGGAAUAACAUGUCAGGAAUGGGGUCGGUGGUGCUGUAUGUGUGUGACUCACAGUUUUCUAACAGCGGACGUCAGAACGUGUCACUAUGUUCUUCUCACGGCACGUGGACGAAUCCUGACUUUCUGUGUGAAGGUAUCUGCGCUUGUUUAAUGGUCGUUUCAUUUCUGUGGUGUGGCGAUGAAAGGAUGUGUUGUCGAGUUUGUGUUUGUGUGUGUUUAGAGAUCAAAUGCGGUUCUCCUCCGGUUCUGCCUCACUCAGUGUUGUUGUGGACCGGUGUCAGUCAAAUCGGUUCUGUGGCUCUGUAUCAAUGUGACGUUGGAUAUCACAGUUUGGAUUCAGAAAAUGUGUCUGUGUGUAAAAGUGACGGUCAUUGGAGUAAACUUUGGAGAUUUUCUUGUGAAGAGAUUGUUUGUGGAAACCCCCCCACACGGCCCCACACUGUACAAGUCUGGAAUGGCAGAGUAACGUUUACCAGCACAGUAACAUACCGCUGUGAACACGGUUACUACGCUAAACACGGAAAUAAUACAUCUGUGUGCGCUGAAAACGGUUCCUGGACAACACCAACUCUGUUGUGUGGAGAGGUGGACUGCGGAGCCCCUCGCUCUCUUCCUCUCUCAGUUAUGAUGUGGAGAGGAGACAGCGCCGUCGGCUCCAGAGUGAUUUAUAAAUGCAUUGAAGGAUUUAAUAAUGUUAGAAAUGAAGAGACAUCAGUCUGUGAUUCCGAGGGAAUCUGGAGUCAGCCUGAUUUUCUCUGUAAAGAAGUAGACUGUGGCUGGCCUCCUCCUCUGCGUCACUCAGUUGUGAUGUGGAAUAACAGCUCCGGUCUGGGUUCUGUUGCUCUCUACUUGUGUGAAGCUGGAUAUCGGCGUGUUGGUGAAGGAAAUGUGUCGGUCUGUAACUCAAACGCAAAGUGGAGCAAAAUUGACAUGAGAUGUGAAGAGAUAAACUGUGGUGAUCCCCCAGUAUUCCCACUAACAGAUAGAAACCGGAACGAAACAUCUACACCGGGUAGCGUUGUUAAAUACACAUGUAAAAAUGGACUCAAACAGGAGGGAAACAAAAACACGUCGACAUGUUUAUCAGACGGAACAUGGGAAAAAAUAUCUGUAACAUGUACAGCUCACUGUGGCCCGGCACCAGACGUACCUCACACAGAGGUGAUGUGGGACAACAGUACUGCAGCCAUCCAUCGCUGUGUUAAAGGAUAUUACAGCCGCACAGGAAGUGACAUAUCAAUGUGUGACAUCACAGGAAAGUGGCAGGUGGCUACCUUACGCUGCAAAGAGGUGAAGCUGAUCAUUCGUGAUGUGAUGGUGGUUAAUGAAAGAUGUUUACACUGGAAUGCUGAAAAUGAGGAUCAUAUAGAGACGUACACUGUGACGUAUGUUGGAUUGCGAGACUUUGAGCGAGCGUUCAGCGACAGGAGAAAAAAGCUUUUCAGCUCUUCUGCCCUGCGUCCUGUUCUCUGUUUAAAUCUUCUGCCCGCCACAAACUACACAAUAACCAUCAGAGCCCAUUCAACACGAGCCACCUCCACACUUACAGCGAAUACCAGCAUACCAGUCCCUCCCACACCAGAGGUCGAAUACAUUGAAGCUGACGCUCCGUUGGCCGCUCUGAGACUACGGAGAUCGACCGAUUCACUUGACUCGAUAUGUAUGUACCAGGUGUUUGUGUUACCUGUGGAGGGCGUGUUGCUGUUUGACUGCAGCUCUUCUGAUAGUCCGCGGUUCUUCGCACAGCAGAGAUGUGACGGUGGAUACGUCACGGCUCAAAUACACCUCAGAGGUCUGGCCGUGGAAAUAAACUUCACUGUAGGGGACCAGCGGCUCUACGGGGACUUCUUCAACGCACCUCUGGAGAACGGGAAGGAUUAUUAUAUUAUUCUGCGCACCGUCUGUCAGUGGGGAGAGUCUAGAACACAGUCUUGUAUAGUCUGGGCCAAAGCCAGAGGAACAUCGUACAUCAUGAAGGUUUCUGCUCUUGUUGCUGUUGGAUUCAUAAGUGUUGUCGGCUCAUUCGUUGUUUUGGGAUACUGGUACAGCUGGUACCGUGAAUAGUCCAGUCCCAGACUUUAUGUCAACUGUGUUGUUUUGAAAUAAAGCAGAUAUUUUGUAAUACUGUUGAGUAUGAUGUUUGAUGUUAUUGUGUCAUCAGAACCAACCUAUAACAGAG